CUCGUAGGGUGUCGGUAGUGUGUCAGACUCUAUCAUGGAGAAGAAGGGGUUGUCGUCGCUGGCGAAAGACCUCGAAGAAAUCUUCGCGGAAAGUUCGGAAAACGAACAAACUUUUUAUGGCUUUUCUGACUGCGGAACGAGCGACGCGCAGAGCUCGGAAGGUGAAUCUGAGGACUCCAGCCGCGCCACCUCGACUCAAAAAUCUUCCCGUCACUUCCACCUCAGGGUGGCGCUGCGCACGCGCCCGCUAGAUGAAACGCGCCGAGCGAGUGAGACGGAGGGAGAGGAAGAGGAGCCUCGCGCCCGCCUGCUUCCGCCAUCCAGCUCCGAUUCGGAAAAUGAGCAGCGGGAAACUUUCUUGGAGAAGAGAGCCUCGACCAUAAAAGCUAACAAAGCAAUGCUGGCACAGUUAAUGGCAGACCUGCACAAACUGCCUGGGGUGUUGAAGACGUCCCAAACUUCAAUGCAGAAAGUACCUCGCAGUCGUGCCGUUCGUAACUCCCUGGCUGCCUGUGAGGUUCGUCGAAACCCUGAACGUGCUUCCCGGAGACGGACCCGCUCCACGGGACUCGCAGAGAGCUCCUCCGUGGCCCACGAGGAAAAAGAGCUGGAGCUGAGCCUCGAACAGGAACUGCUGCAGGUGCGAGGGGUGCCCCGCCUUCGUGGCAACCCCCGACCAAAUCAGAGUAAGCCUCAUACUGUGCGACCGGUUGAGAACAUCACAGAGGAUGAGCUUAAUCUGGUGGCAGAUGGAGUAACGGAUAAGGUGUACAACAGUAUGACUGGUUCCACAUGUCACCAGUGCCGGCAGAAAACUACAGAUACAAAGACGUGCUGCCGCAAUUUGGAUUGUCAUGGGAUCCGGGGGCAGUUCUGUGGCCCUUGUUUGAGGAACCGGUACGGAGAGGAUGUCCGUACCGCACUUCUUGACCCGGAUUGGUGGUGCCCACCAUGCCGAGGAAUCUGUAACUGUAGUUUCUGCCGACAGCGUGAUGGCUGCUGCCCCACUGGCAUUCUGUUUCCACUGGCACGGUACCAUGGUUUCUCUGAUGUCCAUUCCUACCUCAACAGUCUUCGACAGAAAUUGAAAAAUGAAGAGGACACACAAGCAUGAUGCUCCUUAAUUGUUCCUUUUGUUUUUAAAUCUAGCACUUAUGACUAAUAAAGAGUCGGGGGGGAUAAAACUG